GCGUUUUGAAUUGUUAUUGAGUUUAGUCAAUUAUGUUGUUUGAUUCUUUAAUUCGAUAAGUAAAACAAAAGAAAACAUAUUUUCUCUAUUAAAAAAAAAAACACAUCACUUACGUGUUAGUCAUUAGCUAUUUUAUCUGAACAAGCGUUUAUUAAUGCUCAAACCUUUCGUAUAUGGAAAGAGAUUUGAGUUCAACAGUAGGCUGUAUUUAAGCUGGUAUUUCAAUAAUCUAUCUGCAAUGUCUACAAAAAGAUUUGCAUAAAAAGACGUUUUCAAAAUAGUUUAAUGCGGAUAACAGCUAUUACUAGCAUUAACACUCUUGCUGUCCCUUUCAUUGUAGAGCAAAGAGAAGCGACGGAUAGUGUGUUGAAUCGUUUUAGUUGCGUUUCACUAUUUAAGGGGAGAAAUAGGGUGGUCCGUCAUAAAUAUUAAUGAUGUGGGCAAAAAAACGGUCUAAUGAAAUGAAAUGAAAUAGUGCAAAUAAAACAAAUGUUCUUUCUUUUACGAAUACAUGCCAAAUUCGUUUUUGUUAAUGUGUUAGCAAAAUACUCCAUUACCCUUUUGCUAUCAACAGCGCAAUAAUACGUAAACGCUUAAAAUAUAUUUCAUGUUAUUAUUGAAGAUAAAACAAUGAUAAUAAUCAUAACAUAUUAAUACAAUAACGGAAACACAAUAAAAGGUUUUAAUCCAUAUCUUAGAUAAGUCAUAUUUCUGAAACAAACAAAUUAUUUUUAAAAACGUUCAAUGGUUACUGAAUUUCCUUGUUCGAAAACGAAAUCGGCAUUUUCUAUAAGUACGUUUUACUUAGGCAUCUGCUCACCCACUUUAAAGUACCAGGUUUAAUUAUAUAACAAGCGGAACUCGUUACACUGUCGCAUACAUUCUUGCUCCGUAUAUAUAUAUACACAAAUACGCAGAACAUUUCUAUUCUCGUCGCUCCUACGUCACUGACCCACUUACAAAUCGAUUUGAAUAACAAAAGCAUUCACUUGUCAUCUACUCAAAAAUAUCGAACUAAAUAACCAGCGCAAUAUUUAAAAAAACAAUUGAACUCCAUAAGAUAUUAUUUGUGAAGCAUUCUAGAGAAAUAUCAUGUCGUAAGCUCCGGCACGCCGGUCUGUGGUCACGGCCCCUCGCGCAUGCGUACUGCGAGCCUUCAUGCGCACUGGAAACGUCAAAAUCUAUUUCAGUAAAGCUUACGCGACGAGCUUAUAAAACCGCUUUUAAACCAAAUAAUAUACAAAAACCAACUGUAAAUACAUAAAACAUCUAUUAGUGCUUGCAAGUGAAAAAACCAGUAACGAUGUGCACAAAAUUCAAAACUUUAACAUGUUUAAUAUAAGAGUGAUAUUCCAAAAUGCAGCAUUGCGCCACAGAAUCGAUUCGAACGUUCCCUGAUGCCAAAUACAGAAUCUAGUGUCAAACACACAGAAUGGAGCCUCUCAUAGACAGGAACAACUUCGCUAUCAGCGCUAUGGUGACCGUUGCUAUGCAGAUACUGUUCUUCACGAUAGCGUCGCUGUUCCAGAAUGAUAAAGUCACGGACUUCACUGGCGGGGCGAACUUCAUUAUAAUAGCCUUGUUGACCUUCUUCCUCGGCCAAGGCGGAUCGCACCUCAAGAGCUAUGACAGCAGACAGCUGAUGGUGACGGCGUUCGUCUGCCUCUGGGGCGUCAGGCUGUCUGGCUACCUCAUCUACAGAAUCUAUCACAUAGGUAGAGACAAACAGUUCGAGGAUCGUAAAAGUAAUACGUUGAGGUUUGCAGUGUUCUACACGUUCCAAGCGGUGUGGGUGUAUGUUGUCAGUCUGCCGGUUAUUAUAAUAAACUCGCCGCAUCAUUCGUUUCCAAAGUCCCCGAAAACGAUGACUACCUUGGACUCCGCGGGUGCUGGAGUGUUUGUGAUUGGUCUGCUGAUAGAAACAUAUGCUGAUCUACAGAAGUUUGCGUUUCGACAGGAGCCCGAGAACCAAGGCAAGUGGUGCAAUGACGGGCUCUGGGGACUCUCGAGACACCCUAAUUACUUCGGCGAGGUGGUGCUGUGGUGGGGGAUAUUUAUAAUUUCCUUAAACGUAAUUAACGGUGUCGAAUGGAUCGCGAUACUAUCGCCACUGUUUACGACGGCGAUCAUUUUGUUCUUAUCUGGUAUUCCUUUGCUCGAACGAUCCGCCGACGAAAAAUACAGAGAUAACCCAGAUUACUUGUAUUACAAGGCGUCCACCUCGCCCCUGAUACCGAUCCCACCCGCUAUAUACGUGGAGGUGCCAAGGUUCCUGAAGUUCGUGCUCUGCUGCGAGUUCCCCAUUUACGACUCGACGAGCGAGGAGUUCCCGGCGCCCACCAUCGUCACAGAGACGACCAGUAUCUCCAUGGUGCAGUCCCAAACAUAGCUAACAAA